AGCAUGCGCAGUUUCUCAAUCAAAACAAUGCCGGUUUACACGCUUGUAAAACCGUAUUAAGAAGAAAAAAUGUAAACAAUAUCUGUCAAGACUCUUGUAAUAUAAGCCGUGGUGUGUGUCUAUAAAAAAAGUGCUGAGAAAAUGGAAAUGUUGGUCUCUUAUACAGUUAAAAAUGCUUAAAACUGUUUAUUUCUUCUCUUUAUGGCGAGAAAGAAUUGCAUAAUAUUAAGUUUCUUCUAUUCUCGGCGAAAGCUCAGCUCUGAACGAUAAAAGAGGUCCAAUGUUAUAUCUUCAGGCAUGGUACUUGAAAAAGAAAUCAACACGAAUGGGAAACAUUCUGGAUUUUGUAAUUUGCAGCGAGUCACGUCUGUUCACGAUUGGGAAAGUUAUAAAGUUAAAGAUGUAUUUGAUGAUGGAACAAUGACCUUUUUCUGGCGAGCACAUACAUUAACUGUUCUUUUUUUGCUUACGUGUGCUCUUGUUUAUGUUGCUUUCUUUGAGGAAGUAUCAACUGAUUUAGAAUAUAAUGUGAAAAGGGGAAUUCUUGCAUGCAUAUUAGUUUUCCUACUUUUGGGAGUCACUCAAAUUCCUGAUGGACCAUUUACAAGGCCUCAUCCAGCCUUAUGGAGAUUUGUUUUCUGCACCAGCAUUGUUUAUGAGCUUGCUUUGAUAUUUAUUCUCUUUCAAACUGCUGAUGAUGCAAGACAAUUACUGAAACAUAUUGAUAAGAAUUUGGGAAAGCCGUUAUCUGAGAAGAAAUAUGGAGGAAAUUGUCUCUUGUAUGACUCUUCACAUCCUAGUGAUCCUUUUCAUAACAUCUGGGACAAAAUGGACAUUUUUGUUCCAACACAUUUCUUUGGUUGGUGGAUAAAAACUUUAAUGCUACGUGAUUGGUGGAUUUGUACAGUUAUGAGCAUUAUGUUCGAGAUCCUUGAAUAUACACUUGAACAUCAGUUGCCAAACUUUAGUGAAUGUUGGUGGGAUCAUUGGCUAAUGGAUGCACUUAUAUGCAAUGGUCUUGGAAUCUAUUUAGGAAUGAUUACAUUAAAAUAUCUUUCCAUGAAGCCAUAUCAUUGGCGAGGUCUGUGGAAGAUUCCUACUUAUACAGGGAAAUUACAAAGAAUUGCCGCUCAGUUUGGUCCAUAUUCUUGGAUUCAGUUUGAUUGGCAACCAACGUCAUCAUUAACAAGAUGGCUGGGUGUGCUUGGAUUAAUAUUUAUGUCCUCACUUCUGGAAUUAAAUACAUUUUAUUUGAAAUUUGUGCUUUGGUUAGAGCCACCACACGUAUUGAAUAUAUUACGUCUAGUCCUUAUGGUUUUUUCUGGGGCUGUUUCUGUACGAGAAUAUUUUCAAUUGUUGGAUGAUCCAGAUUGCAAGACAUUUGGGAGACAAUCAUGGGUUAUGGUAGCUAUUGUUGUUACAGAAUUUCUAGUCAUUGCAAAAUUUGAUUAUGAUACUAUAACAAAGCCUCUUCCUACUCAUAUUAUUUAUUUUUGGAUAAUUGCAUUAUGUUCCUUAUUUCUCUGGACAGUGUGGAAGUUUUUUUGUAAAAAAGUGGAAGGUAAUCAAGAUCUGAAUGAUAGUCAAUCUCCAUUGGAAGAAGAAGUUAUUAAUCAGGAUGACUCUUCCAAAGAAAAUGGUACAAAUGAAUUUCACCAUAGUGCUUUAAAAAAAACCAUGUAAUUGUUAGUUGUUAAGACUAGUUGCUUUUUAUUUUAUUUGAUGUGCAAACUUAUUAUUUAACAAUUGAGUUUUCAUUUUUAAUUUAUUUUGUAAGUUAUUUGUCUG